AUGAUAUUUACCUAAACCCAAGUAGAUCUCCUCCGACGAUGCUCCCUCUGAGGAAUGAUUCCUGCAUCUGAGCGAUGCUCCCUCUAUGAACGAUUCACUCCUCCCGACUCUGGACAAGGCUCAAAAACCUCUUACGAUAGAUGGCUCCCUCUCGGGAAUGCUUCCCGCCUCCGAGAGAUGUUCCAUAUAGGGAAUGCUUCUCGCCUCCGAGCGAGGUUCCCUCUAGGGAAUGCUUCGUCGCCUUCGAGCGAUUCUCCCUCCGGGAAUGAUUUACGCCCUUCACCUCUGGGCAAGGCUAGGACACCGCCUCUAAGCAAUGCUCCCUCCGGGGAAUGCUUCCACCUCUAAGCUAUGUUCCCUAUGGGGAACGAUUCAUGCCUCCCGCCUCCAGACUAGGCUUGAAGAGGAACAUUUAUCACCUCCGGGCGUUGCUCAAAUACAUAUCUAUGUUCUCCUGGUUAGGCUUGAAGACGCACGCCUCCCAACAGGUUGGAAGACAGAGCGCCUUCUAUGAGGUUUGAAGACGAGUGCCUCCUAGCAUGAAAACAAGACGAAGCGCCUCCCAAAAACAAGACGGAGUUCUAUCAGUAGGUUAGAUGACGGAGCACCUUCAACAGAAAAACAAGAUGAAGCGCCUCCCAAUAACAAGACAGAGCGUCUCUCAGCAGGCUAGAAGACGAAGAACCUCUCUUGAGGCUAGAGAUGGAGUGUCUCCCAUCAGGCUGGAAGGCGGAGCGCCUCUCACAGGAUGAAAGAAAAGCACUUCCCAGAAAGCAAAAAUCAUUAAACGUUUUCCAGGAAGCCGAAAGACUAAUGCACUUCCCAGGAAGCCGAAGACUAAUGUGAUUCCCAUGAUGCCAAAGACUAAAUCCCUUUCCAGGAAGUCGAAGACCAAAGCGCUUCCUAGAAAGCCGAAAGAAUAAAUGCUUCCCAGGAAGCCAAAGACCAAAGCGCUUCCCAUAAAGUCGAAAGUCUAAU